AACGGGGGAACUUAAGCGCUUUAUAGAAAGUUGGAACGAAGCCGUUUCGUUUCGAAUUCUAAUUUCAGUUCUGCUGCCUGCUGUAUCCCUUAAUUCAAGUGUAUAUAUUUAAGUGUGUGUAUGUGAAUGUGUUAAGCGGUGAUCUUUACAAAUUUUUUUAACAGAACUAAAAUACGUACAAGCAAUAGCAAGAUUUCUUUGAUAAAAAAAAAUAAUUUGCUGAAGUUUUACCGAAAAAAAAGUUGUGACUUUACAUUUUUCAGAUUGGCUAUUUCUUACGUCAGUUACCAGUUGUGAAGAGAAGUAAAAAAUUAUUGAAAGGAAAGAAAAAAGUUAUUUUUCCAGUUGAAAGUCCGUGACGCCUGAAAUGGCGUCAGCUUCUUUACAAAGAAAAGGAAUUGCAGCUUGGUUAACAUGUCGUCAAGUUUUAAAUAUAAUGGUAAUAUUGGGCUUUAUGUUCAAUUACAUGCUAAGGGUAAAUUUGGCGAUGGCUAUAACCGACAUGAUUCAGAUCAACGAGACGUCGGUGGCCCGUAAUUCGACCGAUUCUGUAAAAGUUGAAGGUGUUAAGCGUUAUCACUGGGACACUUAUGCCAAAAAUGAUAUUUUAGGCUACUUCUUCUGGGGCUACAUUCUCACCGAAAUCCCCGGCGGCCGUCUGGCCGAAAUUAUCGGGGCUCGUAGGGUUUUUGGCGGUGGCAUGUUGGCAGCGAGUCUGUUGACAAUACUCACGCCAGUUAUCUGUGAUCUUCCCAUUCAGGCGAUAUUGUUUUCGCGCGUUUUGAUGGGUUUCUUCUUGGGCGCCACGUGGCCCGCCAUUCCGCCCAUGGCGGCCAAAUGGAUACCGCCGUUAGAACGGUCAAAAUUCAUAGCCAACAUGAUGGCGUCGUCGCUCGGUGCAGCGCUAACUAUGACCGUCAGCGGACUAUUGACGGAAAGGUUUGGCUGGCCUAGCGUCUUCUACUGCACUGGGGUUGUAGGCAUGAUUUGGUCAAUAAGUUGGUUCUUUUUAGUUUUUGACUCGCCAGCAGAACAUCCUCGCAUCACUGCGCAAGAACGUUGCGAAAUUGAAACCGCAAUUGCGGUCGCAUCCGGUAACAGUGUGAAACCAACGCGUGUGCCCUGGCUGGCCAUUCUCACUUCGGCACCAGUUUGGGCCAUUAUCAUUGUCCACACCUGCUCCAUUUUCGGCUACUUCACGGUGGUCAAUCAGUUGCCCACUUACAUGAUGGAAGUACUCCAUUUUGACGCCAAAAACAACGGAUUCUUAUCAAGCAUUCCCUAUCUAGGAAAAUAUGCCAUGGCUGUAGCUGCAAGCUGGCUUGCAGACAGAUUACGGCGUAGUGGUAAAUUGUCGACGACUGCAACCAGGAAAAUCUUUACGUUAUUCGCCGUACUGAUACCGGGUGGUCUCAUGGUAUUAGAAGCACUAUGGGGUUACAACGCGCCCCUGAGUGUUACCAUUUUUACCUGCCAACUUUUUUUCAAUGGUGCAGUGACGGCCGGUUACUUGGCCAACGGUUUGGACAUAGCACCCAAUUUUUCCGGAACUAUUUUUGGCCUAGCCAACACGUUCUCGUCAAUGAGCGGCUUCAUUUCUACGAAAAUAGUCGCACUGCUGACCAAGAACAAUCACACUUUCGACCAGUGGCGUUACAUCUUUUGGCUGUUGGCUAUUGUUUAUUGUGUCGGAGCAGUGGCGUACCUGAUCUUGGGUUCCGGUAAUUUACAACCGUGGAAUUCCGCGCAACAGAAACUCACAGGAAACGGAGAAAAAAUGCAAGAGAUGGAACCAUUGAAAGGCAAGGAACCCGAAAUUAAAGCAUGAACAACUGAAGCUACUAAUGUUAUUAUUAUUAAUUAUGUUUUUCAAAUUUGCAUCGAUCUCGUCUCAUACAUUUCAAUCGUAUUCGUAUUAUUUUAUCAAUCACCGAAAGCACAUAAGCAUACACACACAUCAUCAUCAUUUGUAGUACUAUUGUUUUACAAAUUUCUUAUAGUGUUGACUGUAAAUAAAACAGUAUUGAAAA